CCCCGCCGACUCAUUGACUCGACUUGCGCAAUCACCCCUCACAGAUUCUUUCGCACACUUCACACCAUGCCUGGCGGUACUAGGGGCCCUGUGCCCGUUCCUCUCGAGACGAAAGAGCACAAUGUCACCCAGGACAUCCUCGAUCUGCUCGACCAAAAAGAGCCCCUCCAAACCUCAGAAGACUUCCCCGCCAUCUCACAGGCUGAGAUAAAAGCAGCUUUGGAUCGACUCGCCAGCCGAUCCAUGGUCGAAUACAAAGCAAACGAUUCCGAACAGGUGAUUUUAUCAAAAGAAGCCGAAGCAAUUGUCGCAAACGGAUCGCACGAAUACAAGGUGUGGAAAGCAGUAAAGGAUGCUGGCAAGGUGCCUAUAAAGGAACUGGCGAACGUCGUCGGUAACGAAUCCGCAAAAGUUGGGCAGGGCAAUGCUUUCAAAAAUAAAUGGGUGAAGAAGGACGGUGACUCGCUGGUGCUGGUCGCAGAUACUGUGCAGGACACUACGAAGGAUCUUCUCAAAGGCAUACAAGAAACCAAAUCGCUGUCCGACUCCAAAACUCUCAACGACCUCAAGAAGAGAAAAUUGGUCACAGUCUCAAAGGUCAUACAUUAUACAGUCACCAAAGGCCCCAAGUACGCGAAGGAGAUACCCGUCGAGGUCACAGAUUUGACGGCAGAUAUGCUCACGAGUGGUUCAUGGGAAACGGCCAAUUUCAAACCAUACAACUUCAAUGCGCUGGGUGCAAAUCAGGAGGCCGGCAGUCUACACCCGCUGAAUAAAGUGCGGCAAGAAUUCAGGAAUAUGUUCUUCUCGCAAGGAUUCGUCGAGAUGCCCACUGGCCACUACGUCGACUCCGGGUUCUGGAACUUCGACGCUCUCUUCGUGCCCCAACAACACCCCGCUCGCGAUGUACAAGACACUUUCUUCAUCUCUGACCCUCCAAAGGCCGACAAGCCGCGCGCGGAUCCUGCACAUGAAGCCACCAUGGACGCCAUGGAAGCCGGCUCCAGAAAGCUUUUCGCGACUCCAGAAUCCGAGAAGCGCGAGAUCAAGCCCCGUGAUUUCGAACAGUACUGGAAGAACAUCCAGGACGUACACCAAAAGGGUGCUUUUGGCUCCAUCGGCUACCGCUACCCAUGGUCUGAGGACGAGUGCCUCCGUUUGGUCCUACGAACACAUACCACGGCUGUGUCUACAUGGGUUCUGCACCGGCUUGCGGAAGAUCCACGGCCAGCGCGGUACUUCUCGAUCGAUCGCGUCUUCAGGAACGAGACGGUAGACGCCACACAUUUGGCCGAAUUCCAUCAGAUCGAAGGUGUCAUUGCCGACUUCGGUCUCACGCUCGGGGGGCUUAUGCGCUUCCUUGAGGAUUUCUUCGCUAACAUGGGAAUCGAAGGCCUGCGCUUCAAGCCUGCCUACAACCCCUACACCGAGCCGUCCAUGGAGAUCUUCGGUUAUCACAAAGGUCUCAAGCGAUGGAUCGAAAUUGGUAACUCAGGCAUGUUCCGUCCAGAGAUGUUGGAGCCCAUGGGCCUACCCAAGGACAUGCGCGUGUACGGCUUCGGACUUUCCCUAGAACGACCCACCAUGAUGAAGUACGGCGUCAACAACAUCCGUGAGCUGCUGGGACACAAGGUAGAUCUUAGCUGGAUCAAGGAGCAACCAGCAGUGCGUCUCGAAAAGGAUUAG